AUGGCGUCCUCAACUGCACGCAGCCCUGUUGCUGCUACAGGCUCCGGUUCGGGCGGGAGAAACAGUGCCCCGCCCCCUCCAUCCUCACCCCUUCCCUCUGCUACGUCAACCGCCAAAAUCUCUUCUUGUCGGACAGCUCAGAUUGCUCGACACUUUUCCACCUCUUCAUCACCCACCGGUCCUGUCUCAAAGCAAAAGCCCGACAUGGCCUCCAACUACACCGUCCGCAAGGUUGCGGCUCCCAACACCCUCGAGCACCGAGUCUACGUCGAGAAGGAUGGACAGCCCGUCUCUCCUUUCCACGAUAUUCCUCUCUACGCCAACCAGGAGCAGACCAUCCUGAACAUGGUCGUUGAGAUUCCUCGAUGGACCAACGCCAAGCUUGAG